UAAGGGGGCUGGAAAAUACCCGAUCGCCAAACGGGCAACGUUUGCACAGUGCAUCCUCAUACGAGACCCAUUCAGUAACGUUCUCCGCCAACGUGCCUGAAUGAGCUAUGGCGAGCUUGUCGGUGAGUUCGAACCAUUUGAAAGGGAUCCCAGUCGGAAAACGAUCAGUACUACCGGUACCACAUAGUACCGGAAACCUGCGUUUUCCGUGUUUGCUGCGUUCAUAUCGCUCGUAAUCUCUUGUGUCCUUAUCGGCACUGUCCGCGCUCGGGGGUGUGCUUCGCAAGAUCCAGUUUGUUCACCUGAGUUUAUUUCGAGCGUUUUGGAGAUAAGUCUAACGUUUUAAGUGUCCAAGAAUGAGAAGUUCGCAGGAGUCCACUGGGCGCUGCGACGUUUGGACGACGUCGGAAUCGCUCUUGGUACGGAGUUUAAUUUUAGUCUUCCGUACGUUCACUGCCGUGCGGAUCUUUCCGUGGCCGUCUUCGAACAUGCGACGGCUACGUCCCUUUCUCAUCCUACCCUCUCCAAUUUUGCGUAUCACGACGUCACGCAAGCAGGCGCAGUGAGUCACGCAGGAGCAUUCAGUGUAGUCGCUCACGGGGCGGUGUAUGUAUGUAGUGCGAGGACAGACAGGCUUAAAUCCCCUGAAGCAAGCUGUACGCGCGCGGUAGGCGGUCGCAGACGCGACGAAUCACUACGCAAUCCUGUAAUCGGAACCAAAGAAGCGCAUCUAUUGAGGUCUUGACGUCCGUAGUCGAGCGCAUGUGAUUGCCGCCUGCGUUUGCGGUUUCGGGAGAUCCAUGGACGUGAACAGCGAUUCAAGCGCGUACGUUCGCGUGGCAGACGACGCUCUCUUCAAACUGAGUGGCCUGUCUCGUCAUUCCGAUGAUGGAACACCCACAAGCCAUGGGGACGCCGAAAAAGACUCGGAGACAAGUCCACUCUGCGUGGACCGGUCCAUGGACCCGGAGUGCGCGACAUCGAAGUCGGGCUCGGAUCAUCAACUCACCACGAGCUGCCAGACUAUGAUGCACUUGCUGAAGGGAAACAUUGGAACUGGGGUUCUUGCAAUGCCCAAUGCAUUUGCAAACGCCGGCAUUGUGGUUGGUUCUGUAGGGGUCCUGCUGAUGGGGUUCGUCUGCAUACACUGCAUGCACAUUUUGGUACGCUGCAACCACAUCCUGUCAAAAAAAAUCGGAUGCCGGACAUUGGACUUCGCUGGCGUAGCACAAAAUUCCUUCAAAUUCGGUCCGCAGCGACUGCGGCGGUUUUCUGACACUGCCAAGACAGUAGUGAACACAUUUUUACUCAUGACUCAGUUUGGCUUUUGCUGCGUCUAUUUCGUGUUUGUCGCCAAAAGUCUGGAAGAGAUUCUGCGAGGCCUGGGGACGAGCUUGAACAUCUACACCUGCCUGGCCAUCCUCCUUCCCCUGAUGAUCCUGUACAACUUCAUCAGGAGCCUGCGAACGCUGGCGCUGGCGUCCACGUUCGCCAACGUGCUCCAGAUCCUGGGCAUGGGGUUCAUCUUCUACAACCUGCUCCAGGACAUGCCCAGCGUCUCAGAGCGGCCCUUUUUCCUGGGCUGGGAGAGGCUGCCCCUGUACUUCGGCACGGCCAUCUACGCCUUCGAAGGGAUUGGCAUUGUCUUGCCACUCGAGAAUGAGAUGCAGAAUCCGCAAGACUUUGUGGGAAUCAACGGCGUGCUCAACACGGGCAUGAUGAUCGUGGUCUGCCUGUACACGGCCAUAGGAUUCUUUGGAUAUCUCAAGUAUGGCAGCGACGUCAGAGGGAGCAUCACGCUCAACUUCCCGGCCUCUCCACUCAACGAAGUGAUCCGGGUGAUCUUCGCCGUCUCCAUCUUCCUGUCGUAUGCCCUCCAGCUCUACGUGCCGAUGCGCAUAAUCUGGCCGGCGCUGGCCAAGCGCCUUUCCCUGGACCAGGCCAAGCACUCUCCCCGGAAGAAGCUGGCUGCCGAGCUCGCACUCCGCACACUCCUUGUCUGCCUCACCUUCGUCCUGGCGGCUGCCAUUCCACAGUUGGAUCUGUUCAUCUCCCUGGUGGGUGCUUUGGCAAGCAGCAGCCUGGCGCUCAUACUACCCCCGGUGCUGGAGCUCUUCACCAUGUGGGACGCUGACUGCAGCAAACCCAUGUGGUGUCUGCUCUGCCUCAAGAACAUCACCAUAUCCGUGUUUGGAGUUGUGGGUUUUGUGACUGGCACCUACACCAGCAUUAACCAGAUUGUCUACUGCUUCUCCAACACCUGCAACGGCUGACUGCCAAACGUCGUAGGAAAAACAAAAGAGGUGCAUCGAGCUUCGCAUCUUCGCAGCUACUAGGCCGUCCGGCUGGUUCGCCCGUGAUGACCUCGGUGACGCAAGGUGAAGUGAAGUGCCGAAAGUCAAAUUUCCAGUGCAAGGGACCAAAGCCGCUUCAAUGUUAAAUCCUCGGAAGGUGGGAGGGGAAGUAGCAGUCACCCAUGUGUGGUUGCACGUGUUCCCUUGCCUUGCCUGGGAAUGCUGCCUGCAGCGUUGUUUUCUCGCCUACAUGCUGGUAGUUGUCGAGCUGUUCUUCCAUUAUCAAUGCCAAUCUCACAAUCGACUAUUUUUUCUAACCAAUUUGUGCAGUAUGCAGUUACGGUGCAGCCGUUUGCCUGUAAGCAGUGUGGGCGGCAUUCCUUCCCAUGUUACCGUAUAUGGUCAUGGACCAAAGAAACUGAAAACCAUCUUCUGCAAUGUUUGUACCAUGCAAUGCGUAAAUCGACGCGCUACAAUUUGGCUUGUUCCUGUCACAUGGCACGUAACCUGACAAACGGACCAUAGUAAUAUAUUUUUUGUUGUUUCUCAAUGACUGCGCAUGACAAGGUGCCAUUGGUAAACAUCCCAUGUUUGUUGUUGCUGAACCUCAACCUCAUACAUUCCCUGCGUUGUUGAGGAGGAUUGAUCCCGAAGUGCCUUGGAAUGUCGGCGGUAUCAUUUGUGUGUGAAAGGUCUUUGUCAGCGGAGCUGUGAUACUGUCCUGGGGUUAGCAGGGUUGCAAAGAAUUCAAUCAUCUUUGAACGAUGUGCCUUCAUGAAAAUUGAUGGAAAGAGUUGAUUACCAGAAAAUGCUCUGUUUGUUUGACAAUACAUGCGUUACUUGAUAGAUCUUUUUGUGCUUCAUCCCCAUGAUGUCUUUACAAUGAGGUCAUAUCUGACAGUGAAAUGAAUUGAGCAAUAAAGCCAUCAAAAGGAUGGUUGCCUAGGUAUAUGACAAUAUGUGAAUCCUUCCGUAGAUACCUACAUGCUUUUGGUAUAAACUGAGCCAUGUGCCUUAUGCUAAGCCUUGGGGAUUCUGAUGUAUUUUUACUUGACUCUGUACGGAGCAAUUUGCUGAAACUCCAUUGAGAUUACCUGCAAUGUUGAAAAUGAGUAACCGGUUUGCUUUGCUACUUUUCUCAAUCAAGGCUAUGCAGUCUGUUCCUAUACUGUUCUAUUUCUUUACUUAAUGAUUUAUUUAAACCCUUGAGGUGUGGAAUUGUACUCCCAACAUUUUAAGCCUCAGACUGUAUUUUUGUAAAUAGGUAUAUUAAUAGAAAUUUCGCUCAUGCACACAAUGUUUUUUUGUGCAUCUGUACAGAACAAGAUGUUAACAUCAUAUUUCUUAUAUUGUGUUGCUUGAUUAUCUUUAUUUUGCUCUGUUGUUGUUGUUCCCAUAUAUAUAAUGUAAAUAAACGUGUCAGAAUCCUCCGGGAACGAUGAAAACUG